CGAAUGCGGUGAACUCUAUCCUACCCUUGGCGUCUGCUCCCAUGCUGGACUCGGUGAAGAAAUAUGUGUACGACAGGCGCGGGGGGCUGGCGAAGGCUGCGGCAAUUGUGGGGGGCACGUAUCUCGUGCGCGGAUACGUCGGCGAGCGCCUCGAGGAGGUGAAGACGCGCCUCGAGCAGCAGCGCGCCGCGGAGGAGAGCCUCCGACGCCGCUUCCGCCAGAACCAGGAAGACGUCUCGUACACCGUUAUGGCGCUCCUCCCCACACUCGCGGACCAAAUCCUCACGGGGAUGGACGUCGAAGCGCUCACGCGCGAAUUGCAGAGAUCACGACGGCGCAGGGAUCCGAGCGCGGUGUCUAACCCUUACACCGCGUCGACCGCGAGCAGCAGCGCGGAGAUGGUGCAGGAGGUCGACGCAAGAAGCGAGGCGGGGGAGUCGUCCGUGUACUCCGCGCAAAGCUCGUCCUGGGUGGGCGAGGGCUCCUCCUUCGGUGCGCGCUCUCCCUCAGCGGAUCGGCGGUCGCGGAUGGUGCGUUUGCCUCCUCCUUUCUCAACGCGUCGGGAUGCACGUUUAUUUGCGGGUCCCCUCCAGUCCGAGAGCUUCCUGAGCACGACCUCCGCCGCAUCCUCAGUGCCUGAACCUGCUUCCUCCUCUUCCACAUCACCCACCUCCACUGCCUCCCAAUCCAAGACCGAACUGUGGCAUUCCCUCAAGUUGCUCACCCUCACGCGCACCCUGACCACCCUCUACGCGAUCACGCUCCUCUCUCUCCUCACCUCGCUCCAGCUCACCCUCCUCGCGCGCGCGAAAUACGUCGCCUCCGUCCGGCGCGCCGCACGCGAGGAGGAAGUGCGCGACCGCCUCGAGCGCGAAUUAUCGUUGUCAAGCUUGUUACUGCGCGGAGCAACAGGCGGAGGUGGUGGAGGUUUCGACGAUCUGAUGGGCGAACUGCUGGGCGACACGGAGGUGGGCGGGGAGGAUGCGAUCAGCGAGGAGGCGGAAAGCAUGUUUCUGACGAUGGCUUGGUGGAUUUUGCACGUCGGGUGGAAGGAUGUAGGUGAGAGGGUAAGGAGGGGUGUGGAGGAGGUCUUUGAUGGGGUUUCCCUGAAGACUAAGCUUUCCGUGGCAGACGUGCACCGUCUGGUCUGCGACGUGCGGAGAAGAGUCGAGUACGAAGUGACCUUCGAAGGGACGGAGAGGCGGGUAGACUUCCUUUCCACCCUCCUCCCCUCCACACCAGAAACCACGCAGCACGUGCUCACGCAGGGCGGCUUUGGGCUCACGGAAGAAUCGUUUGAGCUGCCUUCCGAGGACGACGAGGGCUACGAUGUGGAGGCAGAAAUGUAUAGGAAGAGGCAACAGGAACCGUAUGUUCCAAGGGACGAUUCAUACGUUCCGAGGGGCGAUUCCUACGACGCAUCUCUAUCCUCAAGACCAUCAUCGCCGCCGAACUAUCCGCCACAGCCUUACCCUCCGGUCGAGGGUUCGCCACCACGGCCCUCGCCUCCACAACAAUCACCGAAUCCUCAACAACCUGCUGCAUCAGCCGUUCACCCUCAGCAUGCAGCCCUGCACUCGCAUCCCUCACCGCCUCCGCCGUCCUCCCAACCUGCAUCUCAAUCACAACAGCAAGCCUCGGGUCACCCUCAACGACCCUCAAUUCCUCCUCAACAGACCAAGACCCAUCCUCAACAGACCACAAUCCAUCCUCAACACCCCCCAACCCACGCACCCCACCCCCACCUCGCCGACCCCGCCUUCAGCGCGCUUCUCGAGGAGACGCGGCGGACGGUGCUGUCGCCCGACUUCGCGUAUGUGCUCGAGGCGUGUCUCGAUCGGGGGACGGAGAUGUUGGUGUCCGGGCUUGAGGAUAGUGUGUUUGGGGGGCGGAAUACGGGGGAGGAAGGGGGGAGGGGGCGUGCGGAAGGAGCUUACGCAGGGGGUGAAAGCGCGGCAAAGGCUGAAUCCAUCCCUUGUCCUGAAGACGACGCCGAGCCCCGCCUCCGCCUCGCUGCGCUACUUCCUGGCCUGGCGCGCUGGAGUGCGCUCGCGUUGACCGGGCUGCCGAACCAGUUGGUAGACGGUGUGCUAGGGGGUAGGGAAGUAAGAGCAUUGGGAGCGGUGGUGUUCGCGAGGUUCGAGGACGAAGUUGGGGAUCAGUAAAGUGAAGAGAGGGAGUCUGCUACGAUAUCCGGCUCUCCUUUGCGUAUCCCUCGCCUCUUGUAUUGACCAGUAUUCACGACUGUACAUACAUACCCACAGGACGCGCUACAGUAAUUGAAUGCAUCGCUACGAACGCCUGGGAAUAUCAUUUCGCAUGCGGGCGGGCGCGUUGCGCGU